AUGAAGGUUAUCCUCUGCACAAUUCUCCUUCGCAUCUACGACAGCUACCAUGUCCUGUUCUGCGGUGUCGAGGUUGAGACUCUAGCGAGAUGUGAAUACGUUCCGUGCCGGGUCUUCGCAAAGACAAAGAAGGCCGAGAUGAAUGUGGGACUAGUGCUGCAAGUCAUGCAGCUCUAUAACAACGUCAUGGAAGAUAUUGCCUCUGACUGCUUGGUCAUGUGGCACCAUAUGGGCAUCGUGCUGACGACCGACCGCUAUCUCCUCGAAGAAGCGGCGGGCAAAGAAGGUCUGGGCGCGCACUCCGGCUUCGAGGAGGGCUUGUCUGCACGCAUCACAAGCCUUCAAAAGGCCACUUCGCUUCGACGACCACUGGACGGUAGAUCUUCUGAGUCUCCCAAUAAUCUGUUCAAUGCAGCUCUGGUUCUAGGACUCUAUCUCCUCGUCGCCCCCGCAGAGAUCAGCGGACAAACCAGGCGUGACCAAGAGUUCGAACUACUGAGCGACAUUGACUGGAGAGUGAUAGGUACCGAGGGCCUCGUUGAAACAGAACCCCAACUCACCACCAGGACUGAUAACGCAGCUGUGAAUUUCAUCAGGUUAGGUGGGCCCAUCGCCAUAGACGGCGAAUCCUGUCACGGGGGUGUUCGGUCUUCUCAGAGCGUUCUUCUCGACUUUGCCAGCCUCUUAGAUGGUAUGAAGAAGUGGAGGAUUGGGGAUUAUUUGCGGCUACUGUAUACGAUAUCCGAGAAUAUCGGGUACCUUGACGCGGCGGUUAACAAUACCUCGCAGACCGUGUUGUAG